AUGAGUUUGGCAGCGGCGCUGACGCAGGCGCUGGACGCGUCAUUCCCGCGCGUGGCGUUCACAAUGGCGUACGGGUCAGGUGUGUUCCAGCAGAAGAACCACGACGUCAGCUCCUCCAUGGUGGACCUGGUCUUCGCCGUGGACGACCCGCAGCCCUGGCACGAGCAGAACAUCGAGCGGAAUCCGCAUCACUACUCGAUGCUCAAGUAUCUGGGCGCUGCCAACGUCGCCGCCUUCCAGGAGAAGUUCGGUAAGCUACUUGGAACACGACUCAUUAAGUAUGGAAUCGUGAGCACCCAGACGCUGUGCGAGGACUUGACGAACUGGAAAACGCUCUACUUGAGCGGCAGAAUGCACAAACCCGUCAGUAUCCUUUCUACAAAUGAAGACAUCCAGACGGCAAGCUCGACGAACCUGUCUCACGCACUUAACUACGCGCUGCUUUGCUUACCGGAGAAAUUCUCGGAGCACGAUCUGUACAUGAAGAUCGCAGGGAUUUCAUACCUGGGCGAUUUCCGCAUGACAUUCGGUGAGAAUCCGAAAAAAGUGCGCAACAUUGUGGAUGGCAACCUCAAGUCAUUCCGAGAGCUCUACCAGUACAAAAUCCAGGUAGGAAAGCUCUAUCGACUGGGUUUGGUAUGCGGCUAA